CCGGAAGCGGCCCCGGCAGUUGUUGUUCUCUGCUAUUUGGGCUCCGGUAGUGCGGCGGUUCGUCCCCCCUGGCGGGGUGAGGUUACCGCCGAGGAGCUGGAGCGGCAAGGUGGAGCUUAGACACUGGCAGCGAGAUGGACAUCCUGAAGUCGGAGAUUCUGCGGAAGCGGCAGCUGGUGGAGGACAGGAACCUGCUGGUGGAAAAUAAAAAAUAUUUCAAGCGGAGUGAACUUGCAAAAAAGGAAGAGGAAGCAUAUUUUGAAAGAUGUGGCUACAAGCCUAUAAAUGAGAAGCCAUCUGGAGAGAUACAGCCAAAAGAGGAUGACCAGAAGCCACUAACAUCAUCAAAUCCAGUGUUGGAACUUGAACUGGCAGAGGAAAAACUUCCCAUGACUCUUUCUAGGCAAGAGGUCAUCAGAAGACUGAGAGAAAGAGGAGAACCAAUUAGACUCUUUGGAGAAACUGAUUAUGAUGCUUUCCAGCGUUUAAGAAAAAUAGAGAUUCUUACACCAGAAGUUAACAAGGGCUUAAGGAAUGAUCUGAAAGCAGCUUUGGAUAAGAUUGACCAGCAGUACUUGAAUGAAAUUGUGGGUGGUCAGGAACCUGGAGAGGAGGACACACAGAAUGACUUGAAAGUUCAUGAGGAAAACACCACCAUUGAAGAGCUCGAGGCACUGGGGGAAUCCUUAGGGAAAGGUGACGAUCAUAAGGACAUGGACAUCAUCACCAAGUUCCUGAAGUUUCUUCUUGGCGUUUGGGCUAAAGAAUUGAAUGCCAGAGAGGAUUAUGUGAAACGCAGCGUGCAGGGCAAACUGAACAGUGCUACGCAGAAGCAGACCGAGUCCUACCUCAGACCACUUUUCAGAAAGCUCCGGAAAAGGAAUCUUCCUGCUGAUAUUAAAGAAUCAAUAACAGAUAUUAUUAAAUUCAUGUUACAGAGAGAAUAUGUGAAGGCGAAUGAUGCGUACCUUCAGAUGGCCAUUGGAAAUGCUCCCUGGCCUAUUGGUGUCACUAUGGUUGGCAUCCAUGCCAGAACUGGUAGGGAAAAGAUUUUUUCCAAGCAUGUUGCACAUGUUUUAAAUGAUGAAACCCAGCGGAAAUACAUUCAGGGACUGAAGAGGUUAAUGACAAUUUGCCAAAAGCACUUUCCUACGGAUCCAUCAAAAUGUGUGGAGUACAAUGCACUGUGAGAUCUGUGUACGGUGUGGACAUAACAAGAAGCCUCAGCAAGCAGCAUGUGGACUUCUGGCCUUAGCACAGCAGCGAAGGAAGAGUUCCAUCACAGAGUUCCAUCGGAUGUACUUCUUUUUGGGUUUAAGAACUGUUGACUUUCAUAUGGUAUUGGAUUGCCAACAAGUUUUUGUGUGUUGUUCUCAUUUUAAUCAGUUGAAAAAUUAAGUCCUAAAGCUGUUAUCCAUAGUGUAGACAGAUGUGUAGACAACAGCAGGAAGGGGGUUUGAGGUGACCUUUCUCCCCAAGACCCAAAGUGUGUCAUUAGAUAACUAGAAACAUUUGAGGGCAGGUUUAAAUUUUCUAUAAAUUAUCAUGAUUUGCACAUUUUUCUCUUAUGUGGUAUUUAUAGAAAAUAUUUUUUGUAUUUCAGCAAAAGUGUGGGACCAUUAAAUGUUCCUUUACAGUUCUUAAAAGUU